AUGCCUUUUGGGCUUAAGAAUGCGGGCGCGACUUACCAGAGGCUCGUCAACAAAAUGUUUGCGGAACAACUCGGCAAGACGAUGGAGGUUUAUAUUGAUCACAUGCUGGUUAAGUCACUCGAGGAGAAAGAUCACGUGAAGCAUUUGCAAGACUGUUUCAAGCAGCUGAACCUGGAUAACAUGAAGCUGAAUCCGGCGAAGUAUCGAUUCGCGGUGACAUCUGGUGAGUUCCUCGAGUACCUCGUCGACAAAUGUCUACCUUUCUAUGAUACCCUUAGCGGCAAUAAGAAAUUUGAAUGGGACGAACGGUGUGAAAAGGCAUUCCAAGAUCUGAAAGUCUACUUGGCGAAUCCGCCGGUCCUUGCGAAUCCAGUGGAAGGAGAAGCGAUGUUCCUAUAUAUCGCCGUGUCAUCAACCGCAGUAAGUGGAGUACUGGUCAGAGAAGAGCGGGGAGAGCAAAAACCCGUCUUCUAUGUGAGCCGCAGUUUAACCAAGGUGGAGAUGCGUUAUCUGCAAAUGGAGAAGGUCGCCCUAGCUGUCGUAAUGUCGGCUCGGAAACUGAGAUCAUACUUUCAGUCGCACUCGAUCGUAGUCCUCGCUACUCUGCCACUACGAAGCAUCGUGCAUAGCCCGAGCCAAUCCGAAAGGCUAGCGAAAUGGGCGGUGGAGCAAAGUGAAUACGACAUCGAAUACAGGAACAGGUCGUGCGUAAAGUCUCAAGUUUUAAAGAAUUCGAGCUUACGACGAAUACCUCGUGGGGAAAAAGCGUCUGCUUAUGCGCUAGCUGCCCUUGCCUCGACCUCGGAUCCAGGAUUGAAGAGAGUUAUACCGGUGGACUUUAUAGAGAAACCCAGCAUCAGCGUUGUAGACAGAGUCAACCUGAUCAAUCCUCCCGAAGAAGAGCAAGAGAUCAACGAAGACAACGGCGUAGCCUACAUGGAUGAAGAUGCUUCCCAGGAAACAACAGAAUACGGAAGCGACAAAGACUGGAUGGGAGCAAUUCCGACAUACAUCGCAGAUGGAGAAGUACCAUCGGAAAAGUGGGUAGCUCGGAAACUCAAAGCUCAAUCAGCUCGUUAUAUACUCCUAGACGGAAACAUCUUCAAGCAGCAGUUUUCGGGACCAUUGCUAACAUGUGUCGAAGGAGCCGAAGCGAGAAAGAUCAUGCAAGAAGUUCAUAAAGGCGCAUGCGGCAACCACACAUGUGGAAGAUCUUUAGCAAUUAAGAUAAAGCGAAACGGUUACUACUGGCCGACCAUGGUGAAAGACUGCGAGAAGUUCUCCGUCAAGUGUGAAAAAUGCCAAAGACCUUUGCACAAGUCUAAACAGAAACGAUUCCUAUUGGUUCUGACCGAUUAUUUUUCCAAGUGGGUCGAAGCCGAUUCGUAUGCGAGCAUCAAAGAUGCCCAAGUCGAGCAUUUCGUCAGGAAGAAUAUCAUCUGUCGACAUGGGCUCCCUUACAAGAUUGUUACAGACAACGGAUCCCAGUUCAUCUCGGCUCGGUUUGAAGCUUUUUGCGAGAAAUGCAAAAUACAAUUGAGCAAGUCGACACCACGAUACCCACAAGAAAAUGGUCAUGCUGAAGCAGCUAAUAAGACGAUUCUCGACGGACUGAAGAAACAGCUCGAUGCUAAAAAAGAACGUUGGGCGGAUGAGUUAGAGGAAAUGUUAUGGUCUCACUGA